UCGCAGUCUAACGUUCUAUUGUCGAUUUUGUUCGACUUUUUGUUUUUAGGUCAUCGGAAGCCUCUUUUAAAGAGACUCUGAAUGUCCACAAUGAGUGGUGUUGAUGAUGUAUGUAACAGGAGUGAUUGGGAGCUUAGCAAAGAAAAUAUUCAGCCGUUGAAGCGAGGAAGAAAAAUGGCGAACCUCAGUGCUGCUUUUGGCGAAAGCUCAAAUGAGUAUCAAUCAAGAAUGCAUCAAGAAAUCCAAAAUUUUGAAGCGGCCAUUAGAACAUACGAAGGAGAUGAUGCCUUAGAAGUUUGGUAUCGAUACUUUGURUGGUUCUGUGAAAACUUUCCUACUGGCGGGAAGGACCAGCACGUUUUACUGGAAAGGUGUAUAACUUUGUUCAAGGACGAAGACAAAUAUAAAAACGACGAACGAUAUUUGAAGAUCUGGCUAAGAUAUGCAGAUCUUUCUACAGAUCCAGUCAUUGUAUUUGAAUACAUGCAUAGCCAAGGAAUCUGUAUCAAGCUGACUGAUUUCUAUGAAUACUGGGCGUAUGUGUUUGAGAGACAGGGCAAUGUUAAGAAGGCAGAUGAACUAUACAACCUUGGUAAAGAUAUAAAAGCACAGCCAAUAGAGAAAUUGCAGCGACUUCAUAGGGCAUUUGAAAUGCGCCUAUCAGAAAACUUCAAGCACAGCUCUAUAGAGAGCAAUGAUGAGAGUGACAACCAGAGAACUGCACUAGUUGGACUGAAGGCUCAUGGAAAGAGGGGAACAGUUGGUUUUAAGAGAACAGGAAAUGCUGUACUAGCUUCUACAGGAGGUGUUGCAGCUUCUACAGGAGGUGGUAUAAGUCAUCCCAGACAGUCUAACAAUAAGAAUCCUGCUUUCACUGUUUUUAAUGAAACUAAGGACAUGAAAAGCAUUGCCCCUUCAACAGGAGACUGGCAAAUGCCUCCCACUAGAUUAUCACAGCGUCAUCAAAGAGCAAGCAUUCCUGUGAAUGAUGUUGGAAUCAAGCCAUCUUUUAAAGURCAUGAAGAUGAAGAAGGGAUUGUUAACCCACCAUGCACACCCCAACAUCUMAAUAUGAUAGAUCACGUUUUGAGCUCAAGAAAACCAGGCAAAGACGCAACCAAUGUGCUACUUGCAAGUAUGACAAAGAUAAAUAAAAGUGAUGACAAGUUCAAGGUCAUGUAUUGUAAAGACAAGAUCUAUGCUGGAGCUAAAGAGUUUUCCUUUGAGCAACUUAGAGCUGCUAGGAUGCWAGCUAGACUUGCUGGAGCCCCGUGGUCUUCUCUAUACCCUACGCAAAAAGAKMCAAAUGUGCAGUUCAAGGUGAUGUACMCAAAGCAUGAGGUUUAUCCAUUUGAUUCUGGAGAGCAGCCUUAUGACAAGAUUCUUUUAAAGCGAUACUAUGCCAGAAAAGAAAGGCAAAUUGUUGAGGCAGUCAAUCAAGCUUCAUUUUCAGAUUGCCCUCAAGAAGUCCAAUCUUUAAAUGCUGAUAAAACAAUAGAAAAGAUGGAUACUGGUAGUUGCCAUGAGAUUUUACAACAUUCUCAGCCUGCAUUCCAAGUAUACAACAAAAACCAUGAUGACAUAUGUGACAACCAGCCUGCCAGGAGAGAGCUUUCUUUCCAGACAACUGAGAAUUUGAUUUACAAAAAUCAUGAGSCACCUAUGACAGACGUUCAUCCUGCURUUGCGUGUCAAGGCUCAUUUAAGCCAGUUGGUAAUCAUAGCAUGCCUUUAGGUAGACCUACUCAAUUCAUCACAACUAAUAGAAGCAAUGUCUUAGACAUGCAACAAGGUCCUCACAAUGCUCMAUACGGUCAGGCCAGACAUUUAGCCAAUGAUAAUCAGAUGGGGGUAGAUCCAUAUACGGCAUCACCAACUGUUACUAUAAAUACCAAGGACGCUGUUGAUCUUGUCAUGGCAAUGUUCAGCAACCCAUUGGGUAUGGAUAAUGAAGACGAGCUAACAUGGAUGAAGCAACAGAGUGUGCCUACUGUAGAACGUGAAUUUGAGGCUGCAUUCAAGGAAGACAAGACUGAUAAACUAGACAGGUCUCAAGAAUUCAGUAUAUUUGAUGAAACAGCCAUUGACAAAAGUAUUCCAUUGACUCAGACAAGAAGAGAUGAAGAAGAUGAAGAAAACAGACCACCUCAAGAUUAUGUACAAGAAAAAACCAACCGGCCAAUAGUAGGUGUUCUUCAACCAUCACAAGGUAUUCCUGUAUGCCCUAGAGAAAAUGAUGUAAACAUUGAUGAUGAUGAUGAUGAACAUGUGCCACCAAACAAUUUCCAUGGCAACAGAACCAUUGAUAGCUGUAAUAAGACAACUGGAGAUGUCACUGAAGACAUGAAUUAUUUAGCAAAUUUUAAAAUGGCUGCAAGAAUGGCCUCCACUCCAUACUCACAGGGCUUGGAUCCUCCUUCCUUUGUGUUGAGUACAAUUAAAGCACCCAAAGAUGCUGUGCAUGAAUCUAUGGAGUACUCAGCAAACACAUUUGCAUGCACACCAAAUAAGGUUCUUAGUCCCAUAUUUGAAAGAAGUGAUGAAGACACAAGGUCUACAGCAAGCUCCACAACUAUGUCAAGCCGAGGAAGUGUCUCACAGCGAAUUUCAAAUGCUAUAAAAYUGGAAUCCAUUAUAGAAGAUAAGCAUARUGUUUCUGGAGCACAAAAGUCGUCAAAGAACAAUACAAUGAAUACAAAAGAUUGUUUGAGUACUCAAGAACUGACUAGAGAAGAAGGAACUUGUCAAAUUGAUAACAUUUCAAACUUGAAUCCUUUCAGCGAUGAAGUAACUGAGAAUUUAUUGCAUAACAUUGCUCCCCCAGURUCYACAUACAAUGGUUACUUCAGCUGCAAUGAGAAUGURCCUUUAAUAGUAGAAAAAUGUGCCAUAGACCUUGGUGAAAAUGACCUCUAUCAAGUUAGACAUCGCAUUGGUGCAGGAGCUUUUGCUAAAGUCUUUUGUGCCUACAAACUUUCACCUGACCUUGGUGCUGAUGAUGAUGACAGAAGCGAGGUUACUUUAAAGAUACAAAAUAUUCCAAUUAACUGGGAAUUUUACUUGUGUCGCCAGUUACAUGCAAGAAUUGAUGCCAUGUCAUGUCCAAGUGAAACACAUGCUAUGUUCAUGAAUCCAAGUAACAUCUAUAACUAUGCUAAUGGAUCUGUCUUGGUAGACGAGUACAGCCCACUAGGAACAUUGCUAGAUGUUUCCAAUAUGUAUAAAACUACUGCACAUUGUACAGAGGAAAUAGCAACAUCUGUAGCAAUCUCCCUUCUCCGCAUGCUAAUCACAAUGCACUCAUGUGCUAUAAUUCAUGGAGAUUUCAAACCAGACAACAUUCUUCUUUUAGAGAGGUUAGUAGAUACAUAUGGUAUGUUAGGAGUCCUGUAUUGCCUGAUUCAUGGAGAUUACAUGAAAGUCUACCAAAAAGGCACAAGAUGGACACAAAAUAGAAGUUUUAAACGACAUUGGAAUGUAGAGUUAUGGAAUAACAUGUUCGAUAUAUUACUUAAUACGCCAAAUCCAGACGAGAUAGCGACCCAUUGUAAAGACCUUCUGCAAGAAUUUCUAGACUUCCGUGAAAUACUGUGUCCGGCACAAUCCGCGAUACUCGAACUGGAGAAACAAAUGAAAUCAAAAACUAAAUAAUCACUAACUGUAUUCUUGACAUUUUUGUUAAUUUUAGCAUUUGAUACUUUUAUUAAACAAGCCUAUAUCGUACUUGCCAUUAAGGCAUAGUUAAAAGAGUAGACUAUGUUGUUUCGCCUAUUAAAGGGGAAUAUUCAGUAUUGAAAUAGUCAAGAAUUUUGGACUUAAUUAUAUUGGAGUCAUCGCACUUAACCGUGCAACUGUAGAGUACAAACACUAAAACUGUGCACCACUAAAUACUGCUAAAUUACUUGCU